CCUAGCAAAGCCUGGAGGCUGCGGUGAGACGGAAACUGAGGGGAGGCCGCUGGUAGCGGCGGAGCUGUGACAGGAGUGUGCGGUGCCGACGGGAUGGUGGAGAAGGCCGGUGUCGGGAGAGACUCCAUGCCCUCGUUAAUCCCUGGUGGGUUAAAUCCAGCGCUUUCUGGCAGUUCCCAGAUGCUCCCCAAACAGGGCAUGAAACUGGAGGCAGUGAUGGAGCAGCUGCAGAAGCAGCAACAGCAAGCAGCUCGUAGUAUGCUGGAGCGCGAAAGGCAGAUCAGAGAAACGCAUCGCCUCUAUACACAGCAACUGGCAACGCAGCAUGCCUUGAAGUCCAUGCCCGGCCCGGCGGCAAUCUCAUCCAAUCAAACGCACCUUCCCACAGGUCCCCCUCAGAGCGCCAGCGAGCCAGAUGAAGACGAGGAGAUGGAAGAUGAUGAGAGUGACAUGGGUGAUUCCAUUGAGGAUGAUGACGGCAGAACUGCACACGGUUCUGCUCUGGCACAGAAGUACCUGCAGGCUCAGCGAGAACAACAAGGGAUCGGUGUGUCUAAUCUGCAGGGGACUCCUAGUAAGCCACCUAUGACUGUUAAAGAGGAACCUCCAGAGGAAAACUUCAGCCCUUCUCCUUCCAAACACCACAAGCAGAGUCUGGAAGAGCACAUUAAACAGGAAAACUCUUCAUGGAGCGAGGACCUUGAUGGUCGGAGCAGAGAAGCAUCAAGGGAUUUUGCAAAGUUGUAUGAACUGGACAGUGACCCGAAACGAAAGGAGUUCUUGGAUGAUCUUUUUGUUUUCAUGCAAAAAAAAGGCACCCCAAUUAGCCGUAUUCCCAUCAUGGCUAAGCAGCUAUUGGAUCUGUACAUGCUGUACAAGCUGGUUACAGAGAAGGGAGGUCUUGUGGAAGUAAUCAACAAGAAGAUUUGGAGAGAGAUCACAAAAGGCCUGAAUCUACCAACCUCCAUUACCAGCGCAGCCUUCACACUAAGGACCCAAUACAUGAAGUACCUUUAUUUGUAUGAAUGUGAAAAGAAAUGCCUCAGUUCCCCUGCUGAGCUGCAAGCUGCCAUUGAUGGAAACCGCCGGGAAGGCAGGCGUCCAAGCUAUGGCUCCUCGUCUUUUAACUACUCCCCAGCCUCGACUGGUGCCCCAACACUUCUCGGAGCGCCAAAACUUUCCUUGUCUAUGAUGGGUGCACACGCCAGUCCUCGGAUCUCACCAGUGAUGGCAAUAAAGAAAGGAGACAGUCCUGCAGGUGUGAUGGCAAGCCGCAUGUCUCUGGCUGGGCCCCUCAAUGCGCAGCAGACUCCCACAGGAGUCCGGACAGCCUCAUUGGAACAGCUAAAGGAGAGGCUGGAGACAGGGGAACCUCUGGAGAAACGCACCUCUAGGACAGCAAUGGAGGAGCAGCAAAGGCUCAUGCAGCAGGCGCUCCAGCACAAUCUGCUGAGCAUGGCACGACAGAUGCCUAUGAAGCUCAAGAUAAAUGGCAAAGCACAGGACCGGCAAGAGGCUACCCUCAAUCUGGGGGCUGGCAGCAUCAAUAUGUCCAUUGAAAUUAAUGGCACAAUGUACACAGGAAUUUUAUACGCUCAAAAGCCAGUUCCCUUAAUUGCGGGGUACACUGGGCAAAGCGGUGGUAGCAGCAGCAGCAGCAACACCUCCCAAGCCUCUCAGAGCCCCACUUCCUCAAGGGGCACACCAGGGGCCGAACCCUCCACCAGCUGGUCCCUCUGAGCACACUCUCACACUUGGGAGAUUGAGCUUGAUACUACUUACCUCCUCCACAAGAAAGCGUUACGCAACCGUACCUACCUCAGCUUGCCGGAAGACAGCAACUCUGCUUACCUCAUUUAAUGUAAAGGUUACACAACCAAUUUACCUCAUGUUUUACUAUGGCAUUACACAACCUUACUAAUUUAUGUGGUGACAAUGGCCUCCUGGCAACGCAUCCCAUAACUGCCUCACCUUGGAGGCCCAGCUGUCCUCCUGCUGUAUGGCAUUUUGGGAACUGUACAGCAUACUUCUAUCCUCUCUUUGACCCUCUAGUUCUUUGCAAUCUUCUGUAAGAUGAGCAGAAUAGCCUCAUCGUACCUCUGCUGUCGCAUUGUGGUCCUUCGCGAGAGAGCGCGGAAUGAAGGAUUUGGGCCGGCUGUGCGCACAUGGCCCAGGCAGGACAUUUCAGCCACCCUCGAAAACCUCCAUCCCAGCCGCUGUCACACAAUCUCAAGAAGUGUUUAGGACAGCAGACCAUUUUGCUGGGAAAAUAGCAGACUUUAAUAGGUUGUAGCAUAGUGCUAGCCUAUACUAAACGGCAGGUUUUAAGGUUUCUGUUACCAAGUGUGAACAUGUUUUAUCUUCAAGCAUACUCUAAUGUGAUGUGUUAACUUGAUAUUUUAAUGAAGCAAUCGAGAUAUUUUUCACAGUUUUACCUCUUAGAUUGUCUCUGGUAAACAAUCUUUUCAUGCCGGUCAACGGAA